UGUGCGAAAAAUCGAUAUAAAGUAUGUAUGUAUUAUUCGUAGGCAAUGCCAAAAUCGUUGAGAAACUUUUAAUAUAUCUACAAAAAUAGCACCGAAAAAAUGCAUUCCGUCGGUGGAGAUUUGCAGGUCGGCGGUACUAGCAAUCAACGACGCAACGGCAACCUAAACAAUGGCAGUGGUAUGGUAAAUACUGGCAAUCACAAUGGCACCAGUCGUCGCAAAUCCCUAAACUAUCAGCCCCAGCUUCAGUUCAGUCACAAAUCAAAUUGCGAUGACACGAUUCUCUGCUCCACUGCCGGUGGACGCUUUAGUCCGCAUCCCAAUGAGAUAUUUUUACAGCAGGCUGGUAAACUGACCGUGCCGCCAUUGGAGAAAUUUGAUGAUUCGGUCACCUGUUGUCUGCCACCACCGUCACCUGCACCAAAUAGCGAUCGCUUUGCCGCCGACAUUGGACAAACCCAGUCUAUAAAUGCCAAUGGUAAUGGCAGCAACCAAAUGCAAAUGCAGCAACAGCUCAACCAUUAUCAGCACUCACAACCCUAUCCCCUCUCAUCAUCGAACUCCACAUCAUCGCUAUGCACAAAUUCGGGUAGCACCCAAUCCUCGGGUGGGGUCAAGCCCGACAACUCAGCUUCCACGGCCAACAAGAAUGCGAUGGUCGGUAAAUAUUCGAUGAGUGGGUGCUCCCAACGAGCGUUGUCGCCAAACUCUCGAUACCGUUUAGAUCGCUAUCGCGAGCCGCAACAAACAAAGAAGGUAAAAAUGUUGGAGAACAUUAGCACAACCUCACCGUCGCCCUCAACUUCGUCGUCAACGCGUCUCUUCUUACCUCCAAAUGCACCCUUGCCCCUGGUGCAGUGUGAUACGUAUGGCUAUCUGGCCUCUACAGUGCAUACACCGGUGAAACGUUAUGUGCCCACUCCACCGCCAGCAAGUGAUCUGUACACGGAUCUGGGCAGUAGCCUUCCAGCAGUAGCCUCCAGUGUCUCCAAUGGGGGCUCGGCGACAGCUCAGUAUGUGAACACCAUGCCUUAUGGCUAUCGUUCCAGCAAAUGCUGUCACAAUGACGCAGUCGAUGCUCAAAACAGCUUCAAUAAGAGCGCACAAACGUUCAAUCUAAUAAACGCAUCCUGCCCCUCGCCUGGCCUAUCAUCGUCGGGGAUGUCGGUGACCUUUUCGGCAGCCUCCACAUGCUCGCCCGUUAUGACAACGGGCCUAUGCAAGGCAAAUCGGCCGACGGUCGGUCAAAACGGCAUGGGAUUGCACAGUUUACCACUCGUUGGGGAGCAAUAUGAGAAGUCAGUGGUGUGUCCAAAUAAUGCGCGCCUGACCACGCCCGAAGAUGCCGAUUCGGUAAUUACACCGGGUGCCUCAGCUGGCACUUGUCUGCAUUGCAACACUGCCCGUCGCACCACUGGUGUGCAUCAGACCACACAAACCACGGGUCCCAUCAGUCCCGUGCCCAUCUCCCAACAGCCGAUCGGCAGCGAGACGUCUAUCUCCAAGCAAACUUAUUGCGCAGCAGCUGCCAGCAAUGGUCACGACCACUCGAACAUUGUCACCCUAUCGCCCUCCACAGUUGAAUCGAAUGUCCUGCAGCUGUCACCCACACAACAAAUGCAACAACAGCAACAGCAACAACAGCAGCAGCAACACCAACAGGCAAAAUUAGUAGACAGCAACAACAUGCAAUUUCAUUGUCAGAAUCAAAGUCAACAAAAUCAAAAUCAGCAACAACAGCAUCAGCAACAGCAACAGCAACAACAGCAGCAUCAGCAACAAUUGUUUACACCACAGUCUACAAAUGGUGGCCCCUCGAUGAUGUCAACAGCCAACUCACCGCGUCUUCAGCAGCAGCAGCAUCAACAACAACAGCAGCAGCAGCAGCAGCAGCAGCAGCAACAGCAACAACAGCAGCCGCAACAGCUGCAUCACAUGCAUGUGCAGCCGCAACAACAAUCGGUUCAGGUGUUGCCGCAACAACAACAAUCGCAUCGGUACUCAUGCAAAAAGCGGAUCAGCUUUUAUUUGAGGAAAGAGGUUUCACGUUUCUUCGGCGUGGAAGCGAGCACUGAGGCUGAAGAUUUUGCGAUAUGGACUGGAAGACAUCGUCGUUUUGCCAUACGACGCUUUGGGGCGCUGGACUCGGAAAUUGAUUAUAAUGUGCCCAUGAGUCGGGAUGUGCGUCCCAAUUUGGAGCUGAAUGCCAAUAUGCCACAAUUCCAUCAGAAUUAUUAUGCACCGGAUCGUCCAGAUAUUUUGCCUGCUCACGACGCACAAAAUGUGGACAUGGGGCUGCACGGCCGAAGACGAAAACUGUAUUCCAAUAACAAUGAUUUCCACACGGGUGAUUAUGUGGAGCGCAAGGCGUCUGUGGCGCACAUGAUGAUGACUAGCAUUAGUUAUUUAAUAAAUAUAUUCAAUAAGCGACCAUCUGCCUAUGGCAAUCGAAGGCAGCGUCAAUGGUCGCGCAGCUUUGCGCCGAUGCAUGUGAGACGAGCUUCCCAGCAUGGCGAACAGGAACUGGAGGAUGGGGCCAUUGCCGAUGGACUGGCAGCGCUUGUCGCCGAAGAAGUGUUCUUCGAUAAUCCAUGCGAGCCAACAACAUCUACGGCCACGAACAAUGUAAACGAAGAGAACGGGGAUCUCUUGCGGCAGCCGAAUAAACAAAAUGCAGCUGCUGGCAGCUCUGUAGGUGUUGGUGUCUACAUAGGAGAACGACAUCAUGGCUGGCGGACUUCGGCGCUAAAUGGCAUCAAUAGUGAUAUUUUGAUUGCUGAUCAAAACCCACGUAUGAACGUCGCCCAGCAGGCAAAUCUGCAUCAGGGCAGCAGCUCUGGUCAGGGACAGCCAGUGGUGCGUGGUGUAGCGAGUUCGGGUCGUGGCACUCGGAUAGCAGCCCAAUUGCUUGAUGGUGUCCUGGAGAAUUCCAGAAGACCACCGGCACGUCGUAUCAAGUAUUUCAGUGUGAAUGAUCUGGACGAUCGCUCGGAUCACCGACCUUUCUUCACAUACUGGAUAAAUACGGUCCAAACUGUGGUCUUAUUUCUGUCGAUCGUCUGUUAUGGCAUUGCACCGAUAGGGUUCGGAACCGAGCAAAAGACUGGACAGGUUCUAGUCACCAGUCUCAGUCUACAAACAGUACAGCAUGUGGAGCAGCGAAACUUUUGGAUCGGACCACGAAAUAAUGAUCUGGUGCAUAUGGGCGCCAAGUUUGCGGCAUGCAUGCGAAGGGAUAUGAAAAUUAUUGAUGUGGUUACCAAGACCAGGAGGCAGGAGCGUGAAACGGCAUGUUGCAUACGAAACGAUGAUUCGGGGUGUGUGCAAAGCUCGCAAGCCGAUUGUUCUAUACGUGGUCUAUAUCCGACGAAAUCCAUAUCUACGUGGAAGAAAUGGUCACCAGGCGAAUCAGGGCCAGGUGGUCGUAUUUCUGGCUCAGUAUGUGGUCUAGAUCCAAAGUUUUGCGACGCCCCGGCUUCUAUAGCGCCUUAUGAAUGGCCAGACGAUAUAACUAAGUGGCCGAUUUGCCGUAAAACCAAUUCGUUUUCACAGCGCUAUCGCUAUAAGGAUCACACUGCCGAACAUAUGGUCUGUGAAGUAAUCGGCCAUCCGUGCUGUACAGGAGUAUAUGGUGAAUGUCGCAUAACCACUAGGGAGUACUGCGACUUUGUAAAUGGCUAUUUCCACGAGGAAGCGUCGCUUUGCUCACAAAUAUCGUGCCUGAACAAUGUAUGCGGCAUGUUUCCAUUCUUCUCCGUGGAAAUUCCAGAUCAGUUUUAUAGACUGUUAACAUCACUCUGCAUGCAUGCUGGUGUCCUACACUUGGCAAUAACACUUAUCUUCCAGCAUUUGUUUCUUGCUGACUUGGAGCGAUUGAUUGGACCCAUACGCACAGCUGUUGUCUAUAUUGGAUCGGGCUUAGCUGGUAAUCUGACGAGCGCUGUUUUAGUACCGCAUAGACCUGAGGUCGGCCCUUCAGCUUCGCUUUGUGGAGUGAUAUCUUCAUUGGUUGCAUUGCUUAUAUUAAUGCAUUGGAAGCAUUUACAUAAGCCCCAUUUAGCAUUAUUCAAGUUGGUGGUAUUGUGUGCCGUCCUCUUUGGCAUCGGCACUUUGCCAUAUCAGCUCAAUUUUGCUGGUUUGCUUGCUGGUGUGGCCUGCGGUGCUUUCCUGACUGUGUCUUUGGUGCCCUUCGCAAGUUUCACCAAAUAUGGCCGGAGGAAAAAGAUAAAUCUCAUUUGGACGUGCAUUAUGUUCCAUGUGUUUGUGUACUCGGUCCUGCUGGCUACGUUCUACAUAUUCCCCAGUGAGUUUAGCACAUUUAACUUUGGGGAUGUGUUCGGCAAUAGCUAUGGUAGUGCCACAAAUAGCAACAUUGGACAUCCAUCUGGAGAUGUUAUAAGCAGCAGCAGCAGUCGUAAAUAUUCCCAAACGCAGAAGCCACAAUAUUAUUACCAUCAUCAUUCCGAUGACAUUAUAAGGAACAGUGCAGCAUUUACUGAUGGAACGGGCAUUUCGCAUAUAAUCCAUGCUGAAGGACAAAGACAAAAAAGUGUUCAACACUGGCAAGAGGCAAUAUAUAGCCGAUCCUUCGUCUACCAUUCGAAUCACAGCGAUCGCAGUUAUAAAAAUAACGGAAAUACAGCUGAACAUGCAAAUAUAUCCAAGAGGAAAGAGAUUUUCAACUCUUUAGAGCUCGGUAGAUUAAAUCUAAAGAAUAAUUCUCAUCUUAUAUCUGAAACAGGCGCGACGGCAACUAAAACGAAUCAUAAGUAUGUAAUUAAUAUGAAUGGUACAGAAUUUAAAGGGCUAUAAAUCCUCCAUGUUUUAAUCAUUGGCAUUACUAUUUAAUAAUAAUAAUAAUGAACAUAAAAUGUGCAAUAGUAGAGGGCACGAAAAUAUAUACCUACAUACAUACAUAUACCCUAAGAAAUCAGAUGAAUAAAAUAGCAGUUUUCUCUUCAGAAAAUUGAGACAUUGACAAGCAGCUGCACUAAUAAACUAAACUCGUUUAAAAAUUCAA